CAAUUUAAAUUUAUAAAUUCUAAAUAAAAAUAAAAUCUUCAUCUCCCUAAAUUAAAUAUUAAAGAAAUUAUGAUUAGCAUUUCAUUUCCGACUAUGAUGACGAAAAACAAACAGCUCACAUGACCGACACAAUGUUUACAUCCGAAGUUCACAUCCUUGUAGUUGCAUGCGAUAAGGCAUAUCUCUUCCUUGUAAUCUGUUCAUUCAUUCAGAAUACUUUUUAUUUCGGUUUAACUCAUUUAAAAGUUUGCUGUUCAAGAGUAAAGUUGCAAAUUUUUUUGGGUAGUAAAUAUCCAACAUAUUGUUCGAAAUGAAAGCUGUGUCGUUCAUUAUUUUAUUUCAUUUAAUAAACAUAUAUUACGUAUUGUUGAUUGACGGUGAGAAUAGUGGCUUAAUAACACACUGCCAGUGGUAUAAUCGUUAUGAUUUUGAUGUUGGUGUCAUUUUCAACUGCAACAAUUCAGAGAAUGAGGUCGAAUCGACCAAAAGUAAUAGAAAUGGUGAAAUUUAUUUCAACGAUGCGGAUGGUAUUGAAUGUUUCAGCAUUGACAAGUCUCGUCAGCGAUAUUGCAACAAGCACAUGAUCGAUGCGAUUCAAUUCAAAGGCUGCUCUCUGCACCACAUUCCGUACACUACCUUCAGGGCUUAUCCAUUUAUCCGGCUUUUGGACAUUUCUCGGCUGGGUUUGGCAUCAUUGCAGCCGGAACAUUUGCAACAAGGUGCAAAACGUUCGUGGGAUUUAUUCGCACAGAAUAAUGAACUCCGUGAAAUACCUGCUUUUCUAUUCAUCAAUGCUGGGAGUGUAGUCCGAGUUGAUUUAUCGUACAAUAAAAUCAAACGAAUUGACCCACAAGGUUUUAUUGGAGCGAAUGAUUUGUCUUCGUUGGAUUUAUCGGGAAAUAAAAUCGAAAUAAUAAGUGAACACGCACUUAGGGGCCUAGUGAAUUUGACGCAUAUGAAUUUGGCACAUAACCAAAUCACUGAAAUUCAUUCAUUUGCAUUUGUUGGGUUGAAUAGGCUUUAUCACCUCGACAUAUCGCAUAAUUUGAUCUCAGUGUUGGAAGAUAGAACAUUUGCAAAUCUAUCUAGAUUGAAUCGAUUGCAAUUGUCGUACAAUCAAAUUUAUCUAAUCAAACCGUACGCAUUUGCGACCGCUCUUAGUCUAUCGAGACUUGAUUUGUCACACAAUAACAUCACCGACGAACAAAUAUUCGAAAACCUUUAUAAUUUACUACAUCUUGACCUUUCCCACAAUCCAAUCAACGAAUUGGGAAUUGGCACAUUCGCUAAACUCGUCAAACUCGAACACUUGGACAUGGGUCAUACGAAUCUCACCGAUAUCGAAUUGGGAACGUUUUCCUAUUCAAGGGGAUUGAUCUCGUUGGAUUUAUCUGAAAAUAAUUUGAAAACAUUGGAUUUUGGCCUAUUUUUACCAGCAUUUCGAUAUAUGGAAUCACUCUAUCUCGAUGGAAAUAAGCUGUCCGAUAUGGAAGGAUUCUCCAAUUCUCUGUUUCCACGGUUAAACGCACUUGGGAUAACAAAUAACAAUUUCAAUUGCACUUAUUUGAAGCAAUUUAUGAGAUCUGUUGAUUGGGAACAAAUACGACUUCCAGUAGAUCGAAUGCCCCUAAACAUACAUAAAACUAAUAUACGAGGCGUCGAAUGCGAUACAGUUGAAAGCAAUGUCAGUUCAAUGGAAGCCAAUGUAGUUUCACAGCCAGAUAAUGAACAAUCUAACAUGGUUACUGCUGAGCUCAACCAUGCAAUAGAAACAGUGAUAAGGCAUCUUCCGGCUGUUAACGCAGUCAGCGAUUCUGAUAUGAAAAUUAUAAAAUUGCCCCGAACAAACGGAUCACAUCCGAAUGUAAUGAUACUUGUAUGGUAAGAACGAUUUACAACUAUGAAACGGAUGAAAAUGUACAUUUUUGGAUUGAAUUUGAAUUUAU